UGAAUCGAAAGAGAAAGUGCGUUUCGUAAUAACAUAGACCAACUUUAAUAUCGGAAUGGAAUGAAACUUCUUAGUCUACCUGUGGCUGCGUGUCGAGGAACACCGAUUGCACGAAUUAAUUAAUUUCUGGAACAAUCGUCCCGAUGUUGUUUUGAUUUCGUGUGAACACGCCGAUUUCGCCGAUUAAGAAACACAGGAAAAAGGAAAAAAAGAAAAGAAAACGUGUCGCGAGCACACUUCCGGGAUUCACGCUGACUUUUUAUUUAAGAAAGGCCGAGUUCAUUGCGAUCGGACGAGUUCAUUUUCCUUUUUGCAGAAUCAUCAAGAUGCGAAGAAUUCUCGGGGAACGAGAAAUCUCGACAUUUUGUAUUCUUCUCCUCUUCUGCCCCUUCGAUUUAUCCGUUUGCCUGCCGGCGGAGCAACCGAUUAGAUACACGUUGAACACAGGCAACGUAGAAACGAGGGAUACUGGUACGCCGUUCAAUUUCGAGCAAAAUCGAGCAGUGGCGAGCGAGUCGCAAAACAACGCGGUUACAGUGGAGAAGUCGGUGUCCAUGAACUACGAGCCGAUACAGUUCGGAACGACCCAGUAUCCUCCAGUGACAAACACCCAUUCAAGCGCUCGUGAGACCGCGAGAUUGGAGAACGAGACAGCGCAGAGUUUCUUCGAGAGGCCUGUCGCCAAUGUAUUGAAUUCCUUUUUGAAGCCUACGCCAUUGGUCGAUAGUAUCAAGGAAGAAGAAAAAUAUGGAAAUUCAGGAGACAAGUUUAUCGGAAUUGGUCGAGCUCUGGUCACUGGCUACCAAGAAUUCAGCAAUUUCCUCAAUACUCUCGUUGACAUGCCGCGUAAAACUGCAAAAAAGGCCAGCUCGGGAAUCUCAGGGAUGCUGAAUUAUAUCGGUGCACGGCUGAUCGGAUUGGAAUGACGAGCAUUGUAAAUAUCGUAGAAUAUUUUGGAUAAUCACGUUCCAAUUAUCCAAAAUCUGUGAUUUUGUGUAAUUUUAUAUUUUGAAUAAAUUUUUGUUGUUUUUUUUAUCAAAUUGUCAAGAGUCGAAGGAAUGGAUGCGAGAAAAGAAUCGUCUCAUAAAUAUAUUAUUUAUUAUCUGAACGUUACACGUGCAACGAGUACGAUACGAUCUCGUAGCUCGAUCGUGGCGACAUCGUGGCGUGGCAGACUGCACUCGAAACCACGCGCUUCUUCAAACGUAUACUAGGCUACUUUAUCGACAACUAUUACACGAUAAAAACGUAAACGAUAGACGAUCGACACACCCGAGGAUUUAAAGCUAGAAAAAAUCCACGAGAAUCGUGUAGUGUUUCCACGGGUGGGGGUCGAUUCGAUCUUAAAACGAUAACGAGAAUAAAAAU